GUGCUCUAGCAGCACCGAGCCUCUCACCGGCAGCUCCAGCAGCAUCAGCCUCAUUUGGGUUCAACCGCGGCUAAACGCACCGCGCCGGGCUCCAUACACUAUACUCCUUCCUUUACAUACGCGCACACACACACACGCACACACACACACACACACACGCACUCUCUCUCUGUUUCUCUCUCUCUCACAGUGCAGCACAGCACGACUGACUGACUGGCUUGUUUGCUGGCUUUCAGCCUCUGCAAGGAGAUCCCUUCCUAUUCCGCGCAAAUCGUUUCGUCGUCCUCUCUGUCGGCAUUCGGGAGCGAGCAGCAGCAUCAUCAGCAUCAGCACCGCCACCUCCGAGCCAGACCAUCACAUUUUUUAAACAGGAGCACAUUUCCAACAAGAAGGAGGAAGGAAGGAGGGAGGGAGGGAGGAAGGAAGGAAGGGAAGGUUGGUUUGCUCAAGUCUUUAAGCGUCUGCAAGCAUAGAGUCGGACUAAAGGAAUGGCUUUACGUCGGAAAGAGUGUGCUCUCUGCGCCGUGGCUUUGCUGAGUGACUAAGUGGAGCCCUAUGAGCCAUGGAGGAGAUGGACAGCAAACCCUACCAGCCACUGUCUAAGGGCCGCCAUGAAAUGGAGAUGUCCUACACCAGCUCGUCCGACGAGAGCGAGGAUGGCCGUACUCAUCAUCGCUCCUACACUUCGCGAGAAACUCUGCCAGACUACACACACGAGCUUCGCCUCACCCUUGGGUCUCACCGUGACAGACAGAGCAACUACAGCCAACCCCAACCAGAUUUAGACUUCUGCAAAGCUGGGCAGAUAAGGAGCCCCGACUACCACAUCCAUCAGCAGCAACCGCAGCAGCAGCCGCGGCAGCAUCAGGAAGAGGAGGAGGAAGCACUGUGCACCGGACCGGCGGCUCACGUCCACAGUCGCGGGUACUCGCUCGGCGUCGGGUCCGACGUGGACACGGAGCCGGAGGUGGACCCGUCUCCCGCUCACGGCCUGCAGCACAUGUGGAUGCGCGGCCUMAAGUCCGAGCAGAGCUCCUGCCUGACCAGCCGCGCCAACUCGGCCCUGUCCCUCACYGACACGGAGCACGACAGGAAGUCUGAGCCCGACAACGAGCUGCCCAGCAGUCCAGGUGGCCAGUUUACCUUUCGUCCGCUCCCCCCUCCGCCGCCGCCGCCCCACGCCUGCACUUGCGCCCGCCCGGCUCCUUACACUCAAGUCAGCCUGCAGAGGAAGACCAUGCCGACGCGGUGUCAGACCGGCCAGGGCGGCCAGGGGGCAGACAACAGCUCGGCAACAGACCAGGCGCAGCUUCACAACAGCUGGGUGCUCAACAGCAACAUCCCCCUAGAGACCAGACAUUUCCUGUUCAAGCAGGGCUCGGGUUCAUCAGCCCUCCUGUCAGGCGCGGGGCAGGGAUAUCCUCUGGCUUCUGGGAAUGUGUACUCCCCGCCGCCGCGGCCGCUCCCUCGCAGCAGCGUGACCAGGCCGCUGUUUACCUUCAACAAGCCUCACCGCUGCUGCAACUGGAAGUGCACAGCCCUGUCUGCCUCCCUGCUGACCCUCACGCUGGCCCUGCUGCUCACAUAUGUCAUUGCGGUCCACCUGUUAGGCCUGACCUGGCAUCUGCGGCACGGUGAGAACCAGCUGUAUGAAAACGGCCUGAGUUCAGCGGACCAUCAGCAGGAGGACCGUGGCAAACUCCGACCUACGAGCUCUGUCCACCUGCUGGACACACUCAACCCUGAAAACACGUACACGGGUGACAGAGAGAAAUGGGUGAGGGGCCGCGCCAUCGACCGUGGCGAGAUCGACAUCGGAACCCAGCAGAGCCAGGCGAUCCCGCCGGGCCUCUUCUGGAGGUUUCACAUGACCGUCCACCAUCCGACCUACGUCAAGUUCAAUCUGUCGCUGUCRCACAACGCGCUGCUGGGGGUCUACGGUCGCAGGAACAUCCCGCCCACACAUACUCAGUUUGACUUCGUGAAACUGCUGGACGGGAAGGCCCUGCCCAGGUCGCUGACCGAUCCCGUCUCCUCCGCCAAAACCCCGAAGGGCCUGCUGCUGAGCGGCCUGCAGGAAACCGGCUUCAUCGAGUACAUGGACCCCGGCACGUGGCACYUGGCGCUCUACAACGACGGACGCAACCUGGAGCAAGUGCURCUCCUCAGCACGCCCAUAGAUUCCAUGGAUGGCUGCUCCACGGACUGCAACGGGAACGGAGAGUGCGUGGCUGGACACUGUCACUGCUUCGCUGGGUUCUUGGGCCCCGACUGCGCCAAAGAUUCGUGCCCGGUGUUGUGCAGCGGGAACGGGAUGUACGAGAAGGGAAGGUGCGUGUGCCUGCCAGGGUGGAAGGGGGCGGAGUGUAACGUGGAGGAAGGUCAAUGCAUCGACCCCACCUGCUCCAACCACGGCAACUGCAUCCAGGGGAUUUGCAUAUGCAGCCCAGCCUACAAGGGCGUCAACUGUGAACAAGUGGACUGUGCGGACCCCCAGUGCAGCGGGCACGGCGUGUGCGUGCGCGGCGAGUGCGUGUGCUCGGUGGGUUGGGCCGGAGUGAGCUGCGAUGACCCCUUGCCGGCUUGUCAGGAACAGUGUUCGGGGCACGGCACCUAUCUGCCGGAGUCCGACACCUGCGCCUGCCAGCCCAACUGGACGGGACCGGACUGCUACACCGAGCUGUGCCCGGUGCCAUGUGGCAGCCACGGCGUUUGCUCCGAGGGCCAGUGCCAGUGCGAGGAGGGCUGGAUCGGCGCUGCGUGCGACCAGAGAGCGUGCCACCCGCGCUGCGAGGAGCACGGCCAGUGCCACGACGGGACCUGCAUCUGCCAGCCGGGCUGGGAGGGGGAGCACUGUAACAUCGUUACUCAUGAUCUGGAUGUCGUUGUGAAAGACGGCUGCCCAGGGUUAUGCAGUGGUCACGGACGCUGUACCCUGGAGCAGAGUGGCUGGCGCUGCAUCUGCCAGGCUGGAUGGAGUGGGCCAGGAUGCAGCGUUGUCAUGGAAACUGACUGCAGUGAUGGAACUGACAAUGACGGAGACGGACUGAUCGACUGCGUGGAUCCGGACUGCUGCGAGCAGCUGAGCUGCGGCUCCGACCCGCUGUGCCACGGCUCGGCCGACCCGCUCGCCCUGCUGCAGCAGAGCCCGCUGCCCGCCAGCGCCCCCGCCAGCAYGCACACACACAGCUUCUACCGCCGCAUACGCUUCCUCCUCGGCAAGGCGGCCACACACACUCUCCCGGGAGACGUGCCCUUUGAUACCAGCCGUGUGUCUGUGAUUCGAGGGAACGUYGUGCUGCAGGACAGCUCGCCUCUAGUCGGAGUCAACAUCACCUUCCCACAGCAUCCCGAGUACGGCUACACCGUCAGCAGGAAGGACGGCAGUUUCGACUUGGUGACUUUCGGCGCCAUGUCUGUGACCCUCAUGUUCCAGCGCCCGCCCUUCCUGCCACAGACACGCACCAUAUGGACGCCGAACAACAACUUCCUGGUUUUAGAUCACGUGACCAUGGCCAGGGAGGAGGCUGAGACGCCGAAAUGUGACAUCAGGAGCGUUCUGAGUCCCUAUCCACUGGUCCUGCCUUACCCGCUCCCCAGAUACACAGGAGCAUGCACAGAGAAGGGYCCUGCCGUGCCUGAGCUACAGGCGGUUCAGGAGGAGGUCUCUGUCCCAGGGGCCUUUCUGAAGCUCAGCUACCUGAGCACCCGCGCCGCCGGCUACUCCUCGCUGCUGCGCAUCCUCCUCACCCCGCCGUCCCCGUCCUCUCCCGUCUCGCCUYUGGGCGGUCUGUCCAAGGUGCACGUCCGYGCGUCCAUCCAAGGACGGCUGUAUCAGCGGUGGUACCCCGCGGGGCCCGGUCUGGUUCACAAGCUGGUCUGGAACAAGACCGACGUCUACGGCCAGGAGGUCUGGGGGCUCACUCACGCAACUGGUAGGUGGAAUAGAAUCCUGCAUAAAGGAAAUGGAGAAAACAUCUUCCUAUCCCAGCAGCCCCCGGUCAUCAGCACCGUCAUGGGGAACGGUUUCUAUCGCAGCGUCCCCUGCGGCCCGAGCUGCAGCGGAGCGGCUCGGGACAUGAUGCUGUUCGCCCCCGUGGCACUGGCCAGCGGGCCCGACGGCUCCCUCUACAUCGGAGACUUCAACUUUAUCCGGAGGGUGCAUCCGGACGGAUACACCAGGACCAUACUGGAACUCAAGAACCGGGACACCAGACACAGUACCAGCCCCGCACACAAGUAUUAUCUGGCCAUGGACCCAGUCGGUGAGGUCCUAUACGUGUCUGACACCAGCAGCCGCAGGGUGUACAGAGUGAGGAACCUGGGGCAGCCCAAGGAUCCGGCACGCAACCUUGAAGUUGUGGCGGGGACGGGAGAGCAAUGCCUGCCGUUCGACCAGAGCCACUGCGGGGAGGGCAGGAAGGCCACUGAAGCGGCGCUCAACAACCCUCGAGGUAUUGCCGUGGAUAAGAGAGGAGUUGUCUACUUCGUGGAUGGCACCACCAUUCAGAAGAUUAAUGAGCGGGGUCUGCUCUCCACCGUGAUUGGCUCAAACGGACUGAUGUCGACGCAGCCGCUGAGCUGCGAUGCGCGCAUGGAUAUCAGCCAGGUGCGCUUGGAGUGGCCGACAGACCUCGCCAUUAACCCGCUGGACAACUCCCUCUACAUCCUGGAUAACAACAUCGUUCUGCAGGUGUCGGAGAACCUCCAGGUGCGGAUCGUGGCGGGGCGUCCGAUUCACUGCCAGGUCCCCGGCAUCGACCACCACCUGGUGAGCCGAGCGGCGGUACGCGCCACCCUGGAGGCCGCCAAGGCCAUCGCCCUUUCGCACCUGGGAACGCUCUUCAUCGCUGAGACGGACGAGAGGCGGAUCAACCGCAUCCAGCAGGUGUCGACCAACGGGGAGAUAUCGAUCAUCUCUGGAGCCCCGACAGACUGCGACUGUAAGAUAGACCCCAACUGUGACUGCUUCUCUGGCGACGGAGGCUACGCCCGUGACGCCCGUCUCAAAGCCCCCUCCUCGCUGGCCGUGGCGCCCAACGGCACCCUGUAUAUCGCCGACCUGGGUAACAUCCGGAUCAGGGCCGUCAACCCCAACCAGCCUCAGCCCAGCCCGGCUGGGCUGGUGGAGAUCAGCUCCCCGCAGGACCAGGAGCUCUAUCUCUUCAGCCAGAACGGCUCCCACAUGUACACCAAGCACCUCAUCACGGGCCACUUCCUGUACAACUUCUCCUAUGGGACGGACGGCCAGCUGUCGGGGCUGACGAGUCGCGAUGGGCGCGGCCUGCAGGUGCGGCGGGACGCCCACGGCGUCCCCCUGUGGCUGGCGCUCCCCGGCGGUCAGGUGUACUGGCUGUCCCUCAGCAACAGCGGCAUGCUGAGGAAGGUUUCGGCCCAGGGCCACGACCUGGCCCACAUCUCCUACCACGGCAACACGGGUCUGCUGUCCACCAAGAGCGACGAGAACAGCUGGACCACCGUUUAUGAGUAUAGCAGCGAGGGGCGUGUCACUAACAUCACCUUACCCACGGGUGAGGUGAGCGGUUUCCACGGCAACCUGGAGCGCUGGUCUCGAGUUGAGGUCGAAGCUUCCAACCGUGAGAACUUUGUCACCAGCACCAACCUGUCUGCGAGCGACACCAUCUACACGUUCAAGCAAGAUCACGCCCAGAACUCGUACAGAGUCAGCUCCGACGGGUCGUUUCUGGUGGUGCUGGCGAGCGGAAUGGAGCUGUCGCUGAGCACGGAGCCCCUCCUGCCGGGUGGCGCUGGGGGCGGAGUCAGCCCCACGGCCAGCCGCUGCAACAUCAGCCUGCCCGGUGACCACGGCCCCAGCCUGAUCGAGUGGAGGCAGAGGAAAGAGCAGAGCAAGGCCAACUACAGCACCUACGAACGCAGGCUCAGGGCUCACAACAGGAACCUGCUUUCCAUAGACUUCGACCAGAACACCCGGGUGGGGAAGAUCUACGACGACCACAGGAAGUUCACCCUGCACAUCCAGUACGACCCGCUGGGCCGGCCCGUCGUCUGGUCGCCCAGCAGCAAGUACACCGAGGUGAACAUCAGCUACUCGGCCGGCGGGCUGCUGUCGGCCAUCCACCGCGGAGAGUGGUCCGAGCGCAUGGAGUACGAGAAUGACCGGGUGGUGUCCAGGGCCUGGGUCAACGGCAAGAUCUGGAGCUACACAUAUGCAGACAGAUCCAUCAUGCUGCUCCUGCACAGCCAGCGGCGCUACAUCUUUGAUUACGACCAAACGGACCGCCUGGUUGCCGUGACGAUGCCCAGCAUGGUGAAGCACGCCCUGCAGUCGCUGCUGUCUGUCGGCUACUACAGGAACAUCUACACCCCUCCGGAAAGCCAGGCCUCGUUCAUGCAGGACUACACGCUGGACGGGCGCCUGCGGAGGACCCAGUACCUGGGGACGGGCCGCAGCGUCAUCUACAGGUAUACACCAGCAGCGAGGCUCUCAGAGGUGGUGUAUGACUCCACCCUGGUGACCUUCACCUACGACGACGCCUCCGGCACCGUCAAGACCAUUCACCUCACCCACGACGGCUUCAUAAGCUCCAUACGAUACAGACAGACGGGCCCCCUGACAAGUCGGCAAAUCUUCCGUUUCAGCGAGGAAGGCUUGGUCAAUGCCAGAUUUGACUACAGCUACAACAACUUCAGAGUCACCAGCAUGCAGGCCGUCAUCAAUGAAACCCCUCUGCCCAUCGAUUUGUACCGCUACGUGGAUGUUUCUGGGCGGGUGGAGCAGUUUGGCAAGUUCAGCGUCAUCUUCUAUGACCUCAACCAGGUCAUCACCACCCAUUUGAUGAAGCACACCAAGGUGUUCAACUCCUACGGCCAGGUGGUCGAGGUCCAGUACGAGAUCCUGAAGUCCAUCGCCUACUGGAUGACCAUUCAGUACGACUCGGCAGGGCGCAUCACCACCUGUGACAUCAGAGUCGGCGUGGACAGCAACGUGACCCGGUACACCUACGAGUACGACGCAGACAGCCAACUGCAAAGCGCCUCGGUGAACGAGCGUCCUCAGUGGCGCUACGGCUACGACCUCAACGGGAACAUCAACCUGCUCAGUCAUGGAACGAGCUCUCGGCUGACGCCGCUGCGGUACGACCAGAGGGACCGGAUCACACACCUCGGGGAGCUGCAGUACAGCGUGGACGACGACGGCUUCCUCCGCCAACGAGCCAACGACCUGUUCGAUUACAACUCCAACGGCCUGCUGACCCGCGUCUUCAAUCGGGCGACGGAGCGCACCGUCUGGUACCGCUACGACGGCCUGGGACGCCGCGUAGCCACGAAGAACAGCGAGGGCGAGCAGCUGCAGUUCUUCUACGCCGACCUGUCGCACCCCACCAGGGUGAGCCACCUGUACAACCACAGCAGCAACCUGAUCGCCUCGCUGUACUACGACCUCCAGGGCCACCUCAUCGCGAUGGAGCUGAGCAGCGGGGAGGAGUUCUACGUCGCCUGCGACAGCGUGGGGAGCCCCAGGGCGGUGUUCUCCAGCAAGGGUCGACUGGUCAAAGAGAUCCUCUACACCCCCUAUGGGGAGGUCUAUCAGGACACCAACCCUGACUUCCAGCUCACCAUCGGCUUCCACGGGGGAUUGUACGAUCCGUUCACGCGGCUGGUCCACCUCGGCAGGCGGGAUUACGACACCCUGGCCGGUCGAUGGACUUCACCGAACCACGAGCUGUGGGGCGAGCUGAGCAGGGAGCCCAAACCGUUCAACCUGUACGCCUUCAACAGCAACUGCCCGGUCGGGAGGGUGGAGGAGGUGACGCAAUUCACAACAGACAUUGGUAGGUGGCUGCAGCUGUUUGGCUUCCAGCUUCAUAAUGUUGUCCCGGGUUUCCCAAAGCCUGAAGUGAGCAGAAUGGAACAAACAUAUGAACUGAUGAAGACCCAGACAAAGACGCAGGACUGGGACUCCAGCAAGAUGGUGUUGGGAAUCCAGUGCGAACUGCGGCGGCAGCUGAGGAGCUUCAUCUCCCUGGAGAGGUUACCUCUGGUCUCCGAGCCCGUGGGCUCAGCUUGCCACCGGCCGUCUCGUCCUCCGCCCUUCGGCUCCCGACCCUUCAUUCUCGGCCCCAACAUCCGCUUUGCGGUGUCGCAUGGUCGGGUGAGCGCGGAAGUCAUCGGAGUGGCCAGCGAGGACAGCCGGCGGGUGGCGGCCAUCCUGAACAGCGCCGUCCACCUCACCGGGCUGAGCUUCACCGUGCACGGCUGCGACACGCACCACUUCCUGCAGUCCCGUCCCAUCGAGGAGGACCUCGCCCUGGGGCUGGGCGUUGGGGGACGCAUCCUGGAGAGCGGCGUCAACGUGAGCGUGUCCCAAAUGAGCGCCACGGUGAACGGCAGGACUCGACGCUUCGCCGACAUCACCCUCCAGCAGGGGCCGCUGUGCCUGUGCGUGCGCUACGGCGGAACGGAGGAGGAGGAGAGGGCGCGGGUGAGGGAGGAGGCGAGGAAGAGGGCGGUGGAGGGCGCUUGGGAGAAGGAGAGGAAGCGGUUGGAUUUGGGGGACGUUGGGAGCCGGUCGUGGAGCGAGGCGGAGAAGCAGCAGCUGCUGUCCGGCGGCCGCGUUCAGGGUUACGACGGCUACUACUCCCUGCCUAUAGAGCAGCAGCCGGAGCUGUCCGACUGCCCCUCCAACAUCCACUUUAUGACACUUAGCGAGGUGGGGGGCAGGUAACAGAGACACACAAACAGCCCCCCAUCCCACCAAAGACUGCCUGUUUCUACUCUGCUCUGAUUUGUUCUACUGUUUCUAUACUUUACUGAAAAACAAAAAAGAAGACGAUAACUACGGAGAACAAGAAGAGAGAAUGGGGGGAGGGGAAAAAAACAAACUUCCAAAUGCCUUUAAUUGUGACAAAAUGAUGGUAUUUUAUUAUUAUCGUCCAGUUUCUCCGAUUUCUAACAGUGGCACAAGCGGUGUGGUUUGGCUGUGGCUUUGCUUUUUGUAUCCUGACUUACGGACGGACUGACUGACUGAUGGACUGACAAUCUGCCAUUUACUGUUUCAACACUGUUCAAUCAUUUGGGACCGUGUUUAAAAACCACUGAACUACAAAGAUGGAAGACUUAAGGGUGGCCAGUGAACGAUCCUCUUCAUGACUCCCAUCACGAGCUCUCCGGUUGCCAUUUGAGUUCCCCCCACUGGUUUACCUCGGAUAUACUACCGUUUACAUAUUGUGUAAGAGAGGCCUUGUUGACUCUGGCACUCCCCUUUAGAGAAGAAACCUGCUGUGGUUUCCACCUCUGGUGUGCUCCAACUGUAGUUUGUAUGAGUGUGUAUACUAAAAUCAAGAAUGUACAUAGCCAGUGCUUUCACACUGAAAAAAAAAAGUGCUCAACUGAAAAUUAUGUUGUUCAUAAGUGUCAGUAUUGUUAAUCAAUAGAAGAUCUGUUACAUUUUUUUGCAAAGAUUAUACAUGGCUAUAGUAAUUAUUCUCGCUAAAAAAGAAAGCUCACUUUAUUGGGUUACAAUGCUGAUUAAAGUUAUUAUGUGUGAAUUACCAGGUUGUUCCCUGAGGUUUCAUGUUACACUGGUAAAAGAAAUUGUGAGAAUUCAGGAAAUAAAAUAUGUGUAUUACUUUUCAACCAUUUCUUGAUAAAAGAAUGAUGUACAGUGGCGGUCCGACAUUCACUAUUCUUGGAUUUUUCUCUGGAACGUGACUCCAAAUUACUUGUGGAAACCUAUUCACAGAUAUUUACUUUACCAUAGUCAAACAAAAUGCAGCUGGGGAAGCUGAAAUACCCAGGCACAAUGCUAGAUGGCACGCUAUUGGCUGGUGCUUGUAAAACAGCCAAUCCAGGAGUGCCAUUUGUUUUCCUUGGUCCUAAUUGGCUGAACCCUCAAAAGUAGAAAAAUGGCUACUGCAGUUGUGCUAAGACAGUUUCCAUUGUACAUAUUAAAGCAUAGUGAACUAUUGAAAUAGGUAGUUCAUGUUUUAUGGAGGGUUUUAGCUAUUUAUGUGCAGCUUUGGUCCUUAACCCCAAGAAACCUCCGUCCUGCAUCAGCUAAAAGAAAAAAAAAAAAAAACAGUUUUUAAAAUUUACUUAACAAAAUUCUACUAAUGUUUUUAGAUUUUAUAUUCUCUAAAAGGAAUUUUUUUAGGUUCCACCAAUCCUCUUUUACAUGAACCUUAAAUUAAAAACAAUGGAAAACAUUGAUCAAUUUCUAUUUUAUUUAUCAAAUGCAAGUACAAAACAUGGGAACAAUAAACCAGGAUAACAAUUUGUGCUGAAAAUUUCUCAAUUUAACAUCUUUCUUAAUAUACAUUUGCAACUUAAAAAGCUUAGCUGGAUCGAUACAGAAGCUAUCUUAAUAAUAUAGUUUGACAGAUUUCAGAGUAAUUUGCACAAAGUUUUACAGAAGCAGACAAGUCCCUUUUUUAUUGCCAAUGACUUUGCAGCCAGACAAACAUUGAUGGUACGAGACACUGUUGUUAAGUAAUCUACUUUGUCCUUAAUCUUAAACAUUAAUACAAAUAAAAAGAGUGAGAUAUUAAUAAGCUUCUACAAAAUAUGCUAACGACAACCAUAGCAAAAUCUCUCUGCUCACACCAGCGGCGUCAGACAUGCAUCGAUACACCCCUAUUAUUUUAUUUUAAUUUCUGGUCAGCUGCCAACACUAAAAGAUGCAGCAAUUGUUUCAAGCUCUCUGUAUGAUUCUGAGGAGCUGAUUAAUAAACGUAAAUGCGAUUACGUUUUGGUAGUUCUUCUAUGGUUGUAUUUUGGUGGUGGGAAAGUAGAAGAGAAAAUAUAAAUUUUUGAAGCUGCAAACUACAUAUGAUCCGCAAUUUCACCACUUUAAGGACAAUGGCAAUAAAUAUCUUGCCUGGUGAUUCAUUUCUCACGAGUGUAAAUAAAAAUGCAUGUAGAGCAGGAAGGUAAUGUUUGCUGCUGUUAGAAAGAUUUACAUAGUAAAGAUUUUGCAGUAUUACGAAUUCAUCUUAGUGUAGAAAGCAAAUUAUUUAUGCUUCUUAUAGUAUGCUGUGGCACCUCGUGGCACAAAUAGAUAACUGGAUUUAGAUCAAAUCCACAAAAACGUUAUUUUUCUGCACACAUCAGCAUGACGUAUAAUUACGUCAUUUGGUGUCGCGGCUCCCAAUCUGCGAUCCCCUUCAGGAUGAGGAAGCUCAAGUUGCUAGCUGUGGACGGCGGCGCAGACACACAAUGCAUAUGUUCUGACUGCGAGCAGAGUCCAGGUCAGGAUUCAUCUGAAACGGGGACACAAAUAGUAGCACUCAACGGACAAAAGAGGCUCGGCAGGAACGCAUCACUGUGGCACUGAAAAUCAGAAGUGAUGAGCGGGAGGACGUAGCGUUUUCCCUGGAAAAGACGUUUCCAGUGAAACUCCAAGGUGGCUGACAGGAAUCAGCUCUGGCACCGACUCUGAUCUCACAUCCGCUUUGGUGGGAGGAAAACAAAAUCUAUAUAUACGAGUAAAAGCCUGGUUUUUUU